GCUCAAAGUUAAUUCCAACUGAUGCUCAUGCCUUCCACGAUGUGGAUGAUGAGAAAAUGCUAAAGGUGUGCUUGAUAAAUCAUAAAGGCGAUGCGACAAAAUCUUGUUACGACCUGUCAGGCUAUCAAUUCGCUCUUAUCCCUGAAGCCGCUACUCGGAUGGAUAUCAUGAUAAUGGAUGAAAAUAUCUACGUCAAGGAAUAUUACACCGAAUUCUACUUGCUCAAAUUAGCUAAGGGAAUAACUAGGCUAGACAACGAAGAUUUUCAAAGCCGAAUCAACUCAAGGAAUUUCAAGAUAAAGAAAAACACUUUUUUAGGCCGCUCCUAUAACCCUAAAUCUUAUAUCGAUUAUGAAGACGCUUGCGAAUUGAUGAAAUCACCGGACAACUACAACGUCUACAGAUCGGGAACUUUGUUCAACGAUGUAGAGUUGGUACGAACUGAAGAUGGAAUAGGCGAGGGGAUACAGUCAUUUUCUCGCAGAGAGAAUUUAGAGGGAGUCAAGAUGGUGUACGAUAUUUUCCAUAAGUUCCACAGAGCAGCGAUUGGCGAGAUGUUUAGCCAAAAGACGGAUUACAAAAUAGAAAUGAGUCAGGAAGAGUUGAGAGCUAGCGUGGCUGGGCCUUACAAUUCCGUCAAAAUAUUCGAUAUUGAUAACCCAGAAAUGGAUGUCAAUUUAAACGUCAAAAAUGUUCAAGAAGCAAUAAUCGUGCAAAAAUCAGAUGGUUUAACGUUCAACACCAGCCAAAUUAUUGAUGGUACGGUCGUAUCGGAAUCAAAAUUUUAUCCCAAUCAUUUGAUCGCGAGCAUUGAAACAUGGAUAAAUGAAGGGGUCACCCAAGAUAUAUUCCCGGAAGGCUUCUAUAUUCGUAUUUACAGAGAUUACAAGAACUGUGUUCAGGCAUAGA